CCGACCGCCUCCCCUCCUAGGCUACCGGGGCUUAAGCUUCCCUGGCCCCGCGCCCUCACUCCUCUUCCCGCGAAGACGCGGGUGCACCCUUUCCCGCCCCCAUCUCUGAAAUGAGGUGGUGCCUGUGUUUUUGCACACCCUGGGGAAAGUCCCCGGGUCACGCGGUUGUGUGUGUGUGGGAGCCUGUGACGCUCAGGCUGGUCUCCACGCUUCCGCCUACAGAGUCACGACUAGCAACCGUGGCGAAGGCACCCGGAGGGCGGGCCGACCCCCGCCAAGCCAGUUGAGCUGGCGGGCGAGCGGGCGGGACGCCGCGCACGUAUGCACGCACGCACGCACACUUCGGCCCCCGCGCCUCAGGUUCCUCAGCUACGAGGGGCGCGGUCACGUGGGGCCCUUCGCCGGGCAGCUGGCGCGGGAAGCCGCGCGAGAGCGGGCCGCGGGGUGCGUGAGCCGGCGCUGCCGCGUGACGUACGCGGCGCGGGAGGCGCCCCUCCCGCACGGAGAAGUCGGCCGCCUGCCUGCCGCGGCGGCCUCUGGAGCCACAAUGGACACAGCUAGCCAUAGCCUUGUCCUUCUGCAGCAGCUGAACAUGCAGCGAGAAUUUGGUUUUCUGUGUGAUUGCACCGUUGCUAUUGGAGACGUCUACUUCAAAGCCCACAGAGCAGUGCUUGCUGCUUUUUCUAACUAUUUCAAGAUGAUAUUUAUUCACCAAACAAGUGAAUGCAUAAAAAUACAACCAACUGACAUCCAGCCUGACAUAUUCAGCUAUUUGUUGCACAUUAUGUACACGGGGAAAGGGCCAAAACAGAUUGUGGACCAUAGUCGUUUGGAGGAAGGGAUUCGAUUUCUUCACGCCGACUACCUUUCUCACAUUGCAACUGAGAUGAAUCAAGUGUUCUCACCAGAGACUGUGCAGUCCUCAAAUUUAUAUGGCAUUCAGAUCUCAACGACCCAAAAAACAGCUGUCAAACCAGGGCUGGAGGUCAAGGAAGCUCCUUCCAAUAACAGUGGAAACAGAGCUGCUGUCCAGGGUGACCACCCCCAGUUGCAGCUCUCUCUUGCUAUUGGGUUGGAUGAUGGCACUGCAGACCAGCAGAGGGCCCAUCCUGCCUCCCAGGCCUUGGAAGAGCACCAGAAGCCCCCAGUGUCCAUCAAGCAGGAGAGAUGUGACCCAGAAUCUGUGAUCUCCCAGAGCCGCCCCUCACCCUCAUCAGAGGUGACAGGCCCCACUUUCACCGAAAGCGGUAUCAAAAUACACUUAUGCCAUUACUGUGGGGAACGUUUUGAUUCCCGUAGUAAUCUAAGACAGCAUCUCCACACCCACGUGUCUGGAUCCCUCCCAUUUGGUGUCCCUGCUUCCAUUCUGGAGAGUAAUGACCUUGGUGAAGUGCAUCCACUUAAUGAAAAUAGCGAGGCUCUUGAAUGCCGCAGGCUCAGCUCCUUUAUUGUCAAGGAGAAUGAGCAGCAGCCCGACCUCUCAAACCGGGGUGCCACAGAGCCUUUGCAGAUCAGUCAAGUGUCUUUGAUCUCCAAAGACACUGAGCCAGUGGAAUUAAACUGUAAUUUUUCUUUUUCAAGGAAAAGAAAAAUCAGCUGUACCAUCUGUGGUCAUAAGUUUCUCCGAAAGAGCCAAUUGCUGGAGCACAUGUACACACACAAAGGCUUUCAGCAGGUGAUCUUGCACAAGUGGAUUUACAGAAGUCUAUCGGGUAGAAGAAAGACGGAGAGGGAAAAUGCACUCCCUGUUUCCACAAGACACCCUUCUGCGUGCACACAUCAAAAGUGACAAUGCUGCUCUGCUUCUUCAGCUGCUGACAAUUUCUCCAGAAUCAAUGCAGAUUCUUUACCACUGAGACACCUGAACUUUCCUGAGACCGAAACCAGCAGAGCUGGAAGUGGAUUUGGCUUUAACGUUCUGUACUUCUGACUGUAAUACUGCCUCCUACCGCCUUCUUACUGUACUGAAAGAAGCUCCAAAAGGAGAUGUAUUGAUUUCUUUUACUUGCGUACUGGCUUAGUUCACUAUUUCAAUCCCGUUAUUGCAGGUAAGAAAAAGCUGCAGAUAUACUGGUUGGCCAGAAAGUUCAUUUGGGUUUUUCUGUACAUCUCAAACGAAUUUUCUGGCCAACCAAAUAGGCUACUGGGCAGAUCUGUGGGGGAAACCUGGGCACAGGAUCAAUGCAGACUUCAGGCCAGAGUCCAAACUAACUAACAAAGUCAGUCCAAAUCAUGCCCGUAACCUUUCCUCUACUUCCCAAUUAGCAAUUUUCCUCCUAAAACAUGUAUGAAACCUGUAAGACAGGAAGGAUCUGAAAAUUAAUUCAUCUCAAAGCGUAAAUAAUCAGCCAUAAAAAGGAACCCAUUUGAGUUAGUUCUAAUGCGGUGGAUGAACCUAGAACCUAUUAUACAG